CAAAUGUAUUGCCAGAGGUGUUGUGCGGAUUUUGGCGCGAUGAAAAGUUUACUGAUUUCUUCAAACGAAACAUCGUCAAAGUACACAUAUUUCAAGUACGAGUACGGUGUGUAGGAAUACCCAGAAAGUGUGACUUGUUCUAACAUCAAAGCAAGAUGAACGGGGAGAUACCCAACGUUCCGAUCAUGACCCUGGCUGGGAUUGUGAGCCUCAGUGACUUGCUGCCAGACCUGCCCCUGCCAUCACCGCACCCAUCUACGAUGACGAGCAAAACGUUCUUCCACCACCCGCAGGUAAUGGAGCGAGCGCGGCAGCUCACCUCCUCCAGGGAUGGCAGCCUGGCAGUCCAAGUCUCACAGGCACUGGGACAGACCAACACCGAUCACAUUGAAAUGAAAGACGAAUCGGCCUUGGACUGUAUAGAGGGCACUGUUCCUGAACUACUCAAGGUGGUGUUAGGCAAGUCUCCAAACAUCCUUAAGCAGAACCAUCAAGCUCCCGGCCAGGAGAUGGGUAUGACGAGUCGAUAUCCAGGCUAUCAUCAGCCGAACACACCGGCGGUACCAGCAGCUCAACAAGGCCCUGGCUACAUGCCCUCGUCACCAUACACAAUGCCUAAUAACAGUCCUCGCGCUGCCCAGACAGUUCCUGCCAAGCAAUUUCCUGCUCCUUAUCCUCAGCAGCAGCAACAGCUGCUGCAGCAGCAGCAACAACAGCAGCAACAACAACAGCAGCAGCAGCAGCAGCAAUUCCCUGCUGGCAGCAAUUCAAAGUACCAGCAGCAGCAGCAGUUUCAAAACUUUUCAUCGCAAGCAACUCCGCCAAGUUCAGUAAACGGUCAGGUGGUGACGCCACCGAUGCAUCAUUCUCCUCUGCAAAGUGGGCUGUCUCCGCUGCCUGCUGCACCGCAUGCAUUCCCCGGGUCGCAGCAGCAGCCCUACCCACACUCCACGACACCCAGCAGCGUGCCGUACGCUGCCGGCUCAGCAUCCCAGAUCAACACGCAGGUUUCCAUGGGCUACAACGACAGCGGCCGACAUCAGUUAGAUGCAGGGCGGUCUCCCGCGUUAGCUCCCGUCGCACCGAGUCCCACGACGCCAGCCGUGUCCCGCAACGGCGGUCUCACGCACACGAACAGUUCGCCUGUGCAGGCGCACCAGCAGCCGCAGCAGCAGCAGCAGCAGCAGAGCCUGCAGCACGCGCGUCUUAACGACGGCGAGAAUGCGUCGUCGGUCUGUAACCGCGUCGACGGCAGCAGCGGCGUCAACUGCGCGUCGACAGCGAUUCCGCUCGACCCGCUCGUACGAGAUUUCCCGUGCACCGCCGCCGAUCAGCAUCAGCAGCAGCGACACAACCAGUCGCACAAGGACGACGUGAAGCACGGCGGCAGCCACGCUGCGGCCAUCCGCAAGCAGUCGCGCAAGAAGAAGUCCGAACUGGAGGUGCUCGCGGAGUGGUACAUCAAGGACACGACGCGGUCGAAGCGACGAACGCCGCUCGUGCCGAGCAUGGAGGAGCUCGGCGACGUCGGCGACGCCGACAUCCUCUCUGCGGACUUCACGUUCGACAAGGCGCCACCAAAGAAACGAUUGUCAGGUUCCGACUCUAUGGUUGUGAUAGAUGCCCAAGCCGAGGAGAAGAAGCGAUCUGAACCUGUUGUGAUACUGCAGCCUCUCACAGAAGAGGACAGAAUUAUUGCCGAAAAGAAUGCGUCGUUACUGACGGGCAAGCAUGUCCAUAAGCGCAGAGACUUGUAUAGUAUGCAAAGGGAGCACAGCUCACGAAUGAAGCUGGCUUACCAGGAUGACGAUGACGACGACGAGUGGGGACCCAUUGGUGUCAAGAAGAAGAAAGACAAGAACAAGAGGAAGUAUGUAGAUGAUGACUCACCGAUGGCACCGUGGGAGAAUCCAAACUUUUUCAUGUCCCUCAGUGAGAGGGUGAAGAAGAGAAAGAGGCAGCUUUCAAUGUCUAACCACGUUGACGAAGAUCAAAGCAGUGGGCAGGAUAGUCGGUCGGAAACGCCAUCCGAUCUAGCGUGGAAGAAAAAGAAGAAGAAGAAAGAUAGAAGGAGACGAGAAGAGAGCAACCUGACAGUGGAAGAGCUCAUGGAAACUGGCACCUUCCGGAAAUUCAGUGGGGCUGUAGAGACUGUGCUGGAGAGUGUGGAGGAACUGGACCUCAAUGCAGAGCAAGACGACGACGAUAGGGAGGAGUGCCCGCCCGAGGCACUGAUCUCACGGCAGACGCUACACGAUCUCGUACACGAAGCUGCCAAACUCAAAACGAUGGGCGUCCUAGACCAGAUUCCUGCCGACAAGCUGGUGAAGCUGCUGGGUGUGCUGGAGAGGAACAUCCGUGAUGCAUCGCGCCUCCUGCUGAACCUGGGAGACCAUGAUGAUGAACAGGAGGCGAUGAUGUGGCAGGAGAUUAUCAUAGACAGAGUAAUGCGCAGUCAGGACGCUGCCUUAACCGCUCUCUACAUCAUGACGUCACACAAAAUGCCUAAGCAGGUGUACAUAGAAGACGUGAUAGAGGGGUCAAUAGCUUUUGCCAAGUUCCAUCUGCAGAACACUGUAUACGGUGCAUACGACCCUGUGUACAAAGUAGCACCAGAUUCCAAAGAGGCACUCGCCACCAGCAACAAGAUGAAGCGGAGUCGAGCGCACGCGGUGACGUCGCGACCCAUCAUCACGUUGUAUAACAAGUGCGUCGACCUCGUCGGCCUGUUCGCUGACCUCGUGGAAAUGCAGACGCUCACGGACACGACCGUGUUGCAGCUGUCCUAUCUAGGAACGACGACUUUCUUCGUUGAAAAUAUCAGCGAACUGCAGCUGAACGCAUUGAGAUUAAUCACAAACAUUUUUGCCAAGUAUGAGAAGCACAGGCAAUUGAUUCUGGAGGAUUUGCUGGCAUCGUUAGCCAGAUUACCUACCAGCAAACGCAGUCUUCGUAACUACAGACUAAAUGCAGAGGAGCAGAUUCAGAUGAUGACAGCACUGGUGCUGCAGCUGAUUCAGUGCGUCAUUAAGCUGCCGCAGCAGCCACAGCAGCGUCCUUUUGAUCGCCCUAGCUCUCCAUCCAGUGAGGGCAAGGCCAGAAAGGAUAAGAAGGUUGACAAUGAUGUCCGGAUCGUCAUGUCGUACGAGAUGUCUAUGAGAACUGCGCAUAAUUUCCUUGCCGUAUUCCUAAAAAAGUGCAGUUCUAAAACAGAGGAGAUCGACUAUAGACCCAUCUUUGAGCAUUUCGUGCAAGAUCUGCUCUCAACAGUGAACAAGCCGGAGUGGCCAGCCGCUGAACUCUUACUCAGCCUGCUUGGCAAACUGUUGGUUCAGCACUUUAGCAACAAAUCGGUGGACAUGUCGCUGCGUGUGGCAUCACUAGACUACCUAGGCGUCGUAGCAGCCAGACUCAGGAAGGAUGCAGUGUCAAGUCAGCUUGACCAGACCACUGUAGAUAGAAUUACUGGCCAGGUACUUGAGGCUUCCAGCAGUGAGGAUGAGCGGCAGGCCGAGGGGGGAGAAAGAGAAGACAAGAACGAUGCUGGUGUCGUCAAGAAGGAGAAAAAGAAACCGGUUAUUGCUACAGAGGAUCAACGGCAGAUUCUACAGCAAGCCCUUCUGGACUACCUGGAGCUUAACAGCCAGAAUGACCCAACGCUAUUAUUUUCACGCCGAGCUUUUCUGCUGGCGGCAGUGGUGCGUGACAGGCCGUCGACGCUGAGCGGCAGGUGCGGACGGACCGCCGUGCAGGAACGCGCAUGCACGUCGCAGAGGGCAACCGGAGAAGAAGAGAGAAGCGGAGAGCCUCGCUCUAUCGACGAGGAGUCGACAGCAGCAGCGCAGAGUGCGCGCGAUGAACUCGACACCGAGGAUGAAGAAGCCAGAAAAAAGAACAUUCUGGAAAAGGCAGAGGCCCAGAAGAAGCUGCUGCUAGGUUUAGUCGAACUGGCUUCGCACUCAAGUAAUAGGAGGAAAGCGAAAGAUCGAUUAGACUACGAUAGUGCCUGCUUUACUACGCGGUGGCUUGGUUCCAAGCGUCCGUUCUCACAGAGUUUUGAUAUCUACUUAGCUCAGAUACUGCGAGUGCUUAGUGAAACAGCCGUAGCCGUAAGAACAAAGGCAAUGAAGUGCCUCACAGCUGUCGUCGAAGCUGAUCCAAGCAUCUUGGCACGGCCGGAGAUGCAGCGGGGAGUGCACGGCCGCUUCCUCGACCAGUCGACGUCCGUGAGAGAAGCUGCCAUCGAACUGGUCGGCAAGUUUGUGCUUAUCCGUCCUGAACUCGUAGAGCAGUACUACGACAUGCUCAUGGAGAGGAUACUGGACACCGGUGUGAGCGUGAGGAAGCGAGUCAUCAAGAUACUACGAGACAUCUGCCUCGAGAUCCCAGACUUUCCAAAGAUCUCGGACAUGUGCGUGCGCAUGAUUCGCCGCAUCAACGACGAGGAAGGCAUCAAGAAACUUGUUAAUGAAGUUUUCCAAACGAUGUGGUUCACGCCGAUCAGGGACGCGCAGGCUAGCAGACUUCUCAACAGGGUCGUCAACAUCACCGAUGUGGUAACCGCAUGCAAAGACACGGGAUAUGAGUGGUUUGAGCAGCUACUCGAAAAUGUAAGUAGUUUAUACCACAUAAGCGUAGAUGAACACUCAAUUGGAAAAUUCGACAACUUUGAAGAUCCUGGGUGUAUGGUUUCCAGCACGAUCUUAAAUGGGCCAUACACGUUCAAGAUUUGGUGGCUAGAGCCAGUGGAAGAAUGUUCAUGCUUUCCGGAGAUGCAGCGGGGAGUGCACGGCCGCUUCCUCGACCAGUCGACGUCCGUGAGAGAAGCUGCCAUCGAACUGGUCGGCAAGUUUGUGCUUAUCCGUCCUGAACUCGUAGAGCAGUACUACGACAUGCUCAUGGAGAGGAUACUGGACACCGGUGUGAGCGUGAGGAAGCGAGUCAUCAAGAUACUACGAGACAUCUGCCUCGAGAUCCCAGACUUUCCAAAGAUCUCGGACAUGUGCGUGCGCAUGAUUCGCCGCAUCAACGACGAGGAAGGCAUCAAGAAACUUGUUAAUGAAGUUUUCCAAACGAUGUGGUUCACGCCGAUCAGGGACGCGCAGGCUAGCAGACUUCUCAACAGGGUCGUCAACAUCACCGAUGUGGUAACCGCAUGCAAAGACACGGGAUAUGAGUGGUUUGAGCAGCUACUCGAAAAUCUAUUCAAGAAGGAGAAAGAUGCGAGUCAGAAACCGGUGCUUGAAGCCAGUAGGCAGAUCGUUGACUGUCUAGUCGAGAACGUUCUCAACUUAGAGGCUGGCCUCGGAGAUGCGGACGGCCGUGGGACCAGCAGUGCGCGACUCGUCUCCUGCCUGCAGACACUCUACCUGUUCAGCAAGAUCAGGCCUGAGCUGGUAGUGAAGCACGCCACACACCUUACCCCUUACCUCACCAUCAAGUGUACUACGCAGAACGACUACCUAUCUAUACACAAUGUGGCGCGCACGUUGGAGCUGGUCGUGCCGCUCAUGGACCAUCCGAGCGAGACAUUCCUGGCACAGCUGGAGGAGGACAUGAUGAAGCUAAUCCUCAAGCACGGAAUGAUGGUUCUGCAGUCCUGUGUCAGCUGUCUGGCAUCCGUCGUCAACAACGUCACCAAGAACUUCAAGCUUGUGCGAGAUUGCUUCCAGAAGUUCUUCGGCGUGUUGGCGCGGCUGAAGCAUGAGCACAUCCUAAACCCCAACAGUCAGACGAUGCUGUCCAACCGGCCAACGCUGAUGCGCUCACUCUUCACUGUCGGACUCUUCUGCCAGCACUUCGACUUUGAUAGCGAAGAGAUGGGGAAACCCAAGUCGUCUGUCAUAGAGCGGGUGUUCGAGACUAUGAUGUACUACAUGAACUAUGACGAUGAAGAAGUGAAGCACAAAACACUCACGGGCCUCGGUUUCCUGUGUAUUCGCAAUUAUGACUUCAUGCUGGGGACGCAAAUCAGAGAGCUGUACCAUCAGCACUUGCUACACAAGGAUUUAUCAUUUCACAAGUGUCAGAAUGUGAACCUGUUGUUACAAGUGUUGAAGAACCUGUUGCUUUACCUGACUGAGGAAGAGAUACGAAUGGCCAAGGCUGAUGCAGCUUGGGCAACGGUGUCACAGACAGAGGAUCUGAAGGAGAUGGGUGACAUCACUUCUGGCAUGGCGAGCACAGUGAUCCAGGUCUACCUGAAGCAGCUACUAGAGGCAUACUAUCACCCGCACAACUCCGUGCGCAUGGCAGUGCUACAGGUGCUGGCCCUCGUCCUCCGCCAGGGACUCGUCCAUCCCGUACAGUGUGUGCCAUAUCUUGUGUGCAUGUCGACUGACAGCGAACCAUCGAUCCGCAUCAAGGCCGAUCAGCAGCUGCAGGAGAUCGACAAGAAAUACGCCGGCUUCAUUCACAUGAAGGCCGUUGCCGGGGUGAAGGAGUCGCUGCGUCUUCAGACCAUCCUCCAGCAUCAGGAGCGCGGUGAGGAGGAGCCGGUGCGCGGCAUUCGAGAGGACGACAACGCACAGCUCGUAUCGCUCAACGCGUUCCUGUACACGCUCGUGCGCAGCAGCCGCGCCCACCGCCGCGCCUUCAUCAUGUCCCUGCUCAAGCAGUUUGAUGAGAUGCUGCGAGUGCCGCUGAGCCAGCUACUCUACCUGGCAGACAAUCUGUCGCACUUCCCCUACCAGAACCAGGACGAGGCUUUGUUCGUCAUCCACCACAUAGAGCUCAUAUCUUCCGUGUCCGGAUCAAACGUGCUGCAGUCUUUCCGCGAGGUACUGUUUCCUGGCAUGUCGGAGAAUCUGGUGACCCAGGCUCACGUUGAGGAAGCUGAGGAAAAGCCGGAGGGUCUGAUAGAACGGAUACCGGAAGAUGCGAGUGCGGUGCUGGAUUGCAUCAUGGCAUCCAAGGGCUGCAUGUUGCUGCUUGUUAUUAAAGAAUACUUGAAGGCUACAUAUGGCUUCAGUGAUGGGAAAGUACAUAAAUACUCGCCAACAGAAAAUGUCAAGGUGUUUGAGCGAGUACUCAACAGGAAACAGGGUGUAAAAUUCAACCCAAAACAGGUGCUAGAAACACUGAAGCAAGGUCCUCCUUCGUCUCAUCUGAAUGACGAGGAGAAGGAAGCGAUCAUCCACCAAUUCCUCGACUUUAAGCAUCUGAUGCUGAAGCUGGAUCCAGCAGAAGAUGAUGAUGAAGACUUUGGACCUCAGCCAAAGCCAGUCGUCCCCGGGGAAGCAGGGGACGGUGCUGUCGUGUCGAACAAUGACGCAAACAUCUUAGCUGAGGUGAACCUGGCAGGCCCUAGCGGCGACCCCGGCAGGGGUGGUGGCGGCGGCAGCGGCGUGGCGGGGAUGAGCGGUAGCAGCGGGGCGGACGACGCGGCGCUACGCAUGAUGCCGACAGUCGUGCUCGAGCGCACCAUCGUCACGCUGGACGAGCACGGAGCGGAGAAGCGCGUCGUGCUCAGGCUAGGUGGCGCCGGCGUAGGCGGCGACGCGCAGCCGGACAACCUGCUGAUGGACGACGACAGCCGCAUGACGUCAGAGAGUCCGCGCGAUGACGAGUACGAGCGUGAGGUGCACAAGAAACACAAGAAGCAUAAGAAGCACAAGAAGAAGCAUAAGCACAAGCACAAACGGCGGAGGAUAGAGAGUGAGGAUGAGACGGGCAGUGGUGUGGAGCCCGACGCAGACAGUGACAGUGAUCCUGACUUCAACGGCUGAUGGUCACCUGCAGGCACUUGCUCCGUCACUCACCCCUGUGUGCUACACAGCCAUUCACAUCGUUUUACAAUCAGUAGGAAGGAAGAAAUUUUAGCUAGGGAAGAACAUCCACUUUGUCCCCCCAUUCACUGACUAACCUACACAUGAUUUUGGGCGGGGGGUGGGUGGCGUCGAGUCCCCCCCAAUAUUCGUUGUAAAUAUGCAUUAAUCGUUUUAUGAUGUCAUCCGCAAGUUUAAAUCUGUAUAGAGUGACUGUAAGUAUUUCUAUCGGAGAGAUUCACACACAAGCAUAGGGGCCGUCGUGCGAGGCAACCCUAACCGCCCUUACGGACCAGUACGUAUGAAACAAUAGGCCUGAAUUUCAUCGCGUUGUUAAUAGUGUGUCCAUUCGCUAAUGUAUUUUUGAUGGUUGUUGCUGCGUACCUGGACCACUGCUGAGCAGAGUGGUAUUUAGAAUAUAUAUACUGUAUUAUUGGCAGUUUGAUGUUGUGCGUUCAUAGUCGAUCAGGUCACUUGUACUCGUAGCGUCUGGUGGAAACACGCUAACGAGGCGAGAGGCAGUCCUGCAAGCUAAGCGAAACAAAGCUUUGUAAAUAACAUUUGCCACGGAAAUGGUAGCCAGUCCCCAUCCCCCCGUCACCCUGGUUCUCGAACCAUCAUUCAUUAUAUUUCUUUUCUACCUUGCACCGCGUGCAUCAAGGCUGCAGCCGACUCGAGUCAGCUGGCAAAGCUGUCGAGUUGGCUUGACAGUUUGUAGGUAGUAAGUUUAGCAGUUUAUCCUUUGAUCACCAGACCGUGGUGGUAGUAUGGGACAAAUCUGUGCAACAGUGAUGAGGAGUGGGGGGUGCUCGCUCUGCUUCGCUGUAGUAAAUAUUUGCUUAUAAUAUAUUAAUAUAUAUAUAUAUAUAAUCCAUUAAUAGCGAGUCAGCAGAACUCUGGAGCAGAAAGUGGCCCCUUCUGCACCGCUCCUGUACAAAGCUACUGCAGGGAACCUGUGUGGCUAUGUGUGUGUGUGCGUGUACGCGCGCGCGUAUGUAAAUAUCGUCUCAUAGUUCAUUGUGUAUUAUAUUAUUGAUUCGUGAAUAUUGUUAUGGUUCAGUCGAUCCGUAAAAAAGAUUGCAUUGUUGCUAUGUAAAUGAGUGGAUGGAUGUUACUAAGGUAAACUGAGAGACUUAAAAUGCAUCACACAUAUUUAUGGGUUUAUCUCGAUGUGCAAUGUGUUUGUCGUGCAAGCUACCCCAAGCCGAGGUCCAUCCCUUUCUCCUCUUCUUCUCGUGGUCGAAAUUUCAUCCUUAAUAUGUCAUCUGCACCAGCAAAUGCUGGUGUGUUUAGGCAUGCCUACCGCGUUUGUGAAAACCAAUGCUCGGCAACGACACAUUGGGUUUUGCUAAAGGUAGAAAUGGCCAGAUGGAGGAGAACACAACAUGGGGAGACCUGCACGGGGCAUGUCCUAUUGUUGUGGUCUGUUUAACGAGGCGUUCAUUUUGAAUUUCAUCAUGUAUGUAUCGUUAUUCCAUUAUUUAAAGUCUGUAAAUUACGUUUUCCAUUGCUGUUGUGUGUGCGUGCGUGCGUGUGUGCGUGUGUCAAGCCACUAGUCGAUUCCUGUAACAUCUAGCAGUUUUAUAAUAGCGUCAACAAAAUUUAAAAGUAGAUGGAGUUAGUACGUAUGUGUAGUUCAGAUCUUAUUUUUCAGCAAACGUUUUGUAAGAAAAUUAUAUGGUAUCAGCAGUUCUUAUAUUAAAAGUUAUUUAAAUAUUAA